AUGGCUGAAGAAGUAGACACCUCUGAACGCCGAUCCCGCAAGUCAGUCGCUUUCACAGACGAACAACUCGUAGUCGACGCCGACGGCUCAGUCUCCGUGAUGAGCGCCCCCGAAGAACCCAAGGACUCGGCGCAGUCCCACACGCCUCGUACGCCGCCGCUGUCUGCAGCCCUCGAGUCCUUUACUGAUUCCAUUUCUCAAGCCGCCGACGCUGAUGCCGCCACCACCCCCAACGACGAUGGUCUCGAUCUCUCCCUCAUGAAGAAGAAGAAGAAGAAGGUCAAGAAGACUGAGGACGAGGGUGCCGAUGCCGGCGAGGGCGCCGGGCCCGCGGAGGACGGUGGCCUUGACCUCACCAUGAAAAAGAAGAAGAAGAAGAAGGUCAAGGCCGAGGCGGGCGCCGAUGACGACGAGUUCACCGCCAAGCUCAAGCAGCUCGAGGUCCAGGACGCCGAGGAGCCCGCCGAGGAGCCCGAGGUCGAGGGCGACAUGGACGCCGGCACAGGCAUCUGGUCCCACGACGAGAUCAAGACCCCCGGCUUCAACAUGCUCCUCCAGCGCUUCUUCUCCCAGCUCGCCCAGAAGAACCCCGACCACGCCCUGUCGGGGACAAGGAGCUACAAGAUCCCCCCGCCCCAGUGCAUGCGUGAAGGCAACAGGAAGACCGUCUUUGCCAACAUUGCCGACAUUUGCAAGCGCAUGAAGCGUACCGACGAGCACGUGACGGCGUAUCUCUUUGCCGAGUUGGGUACAAACGGUUCCGUCGACGGCAGCAAGCGUCUCGUCAUCAAGGGCCGUUUCCAACAGAAGCAGAUUGAGAACGUUGUGCGAAAAUACAUCAUUGAAUAUGUCACCUGCAAAACCUGCAAAUCGCCCGACACAGAGCUCAGCAAGGGCGAGAACCGUCUGUACUUUAUCACCUGCAACAACUGCGGUUCGCGUCGCAGUGUGACGGCCAUCAAGACUGGUUUCUCGGCCCAGGUCGGCAAGCGCAGGAAGAUGAAGGUCUAA